UUUCGUUCAUUUGUGCAAAGUGCUGUCAGCUACAACACACUUCUCAAAUUCUAGACUUUUUAAGUCAAGUUUCAAGUUUGACUAUAUUUCCUAUCUUAUUUGAAACCGUCUGAAACAACAAAAUGGCACUCACAGAUAGCGAUGUUCAAAAACAGAUCAAGCAAAUGAUGGGCUUCAUCGAGCAAGAAGCCAACGAAAAAGUCGAAGAAAUCGACGCAAAGGCUGAAGAAGAGUUCAAUAUUGAAAAGGGUCGUUUGGUCCAACAGCAACGUCUCAAGAUCAUGGAGUUCUAUGAACGAAAGGAAAAACAGGUUGAGCUCCAAAAAAAAAUCCAAUCAUCCAAUUUGCUGAAUCAGGCACGGUUGAAGGUUCUGCAAGCUCAACAACAGCACAUUCAGAAUCUUUUGGCUGAAUCUCGGACAAGGCUUGCUAAAUCUAGUGCUGAUCACAGCAAUUACACCCGGGUCAUCCGUGAUCUGAUUAUUCAAGCAUUGUUCCAGAUUAUGGAGCCUGUAGUAACCAUCAGGUGUCGUCAAGUUGACCUGGAACUGGUAGAAAGUGUACUGCCUGAAGCGAUUGCAAAAUACAGCGAGGCUAUGCAUAAACCAUGCCAGAUUAAUGUUGCCAAAGAUAACUUCCUUCCAGCUGAUACUUGUGGAGGAGUUGAACGCGCGUUCCACGGACGUAUUCGGGUCAAUAACACAUUGGAAAAUCGUUUGGAGAUGAUUGCUGGUCAAAUCAACAAAAUGCAAACACCAGAAACACCACCCACUUUACCACCAAAAGGCCAUCUCCGGACGGCUCAAGCAGCUCUAAACGAAUCUAGUACACCGAUACCGUUUGCCAGUGAGCUGGGCUUAAGCGAAGCAGAAUGGUAUUGGGGAAGCGCUAGUCGGGAAAAAAUUGCAGAUCUCAUGAAAGAUACUCCUGACGGAACGUUUCUCGUCCGUGACGCUUCCUCGAAAGCCGGAGAAUAUACGCUGACAUUGCGUAAAGGUGGACGUAAUAAGCUGGUCAAGAUUUCCCGCGAUCGUUAUGGCCGUUACGGGUUUUCCGAAACCUAUCGCUUUAACUCCAUACCAGAACUUGUCCAAUAUUACAAAUCCGUCUCGCUCGAACAGUAUAACCCAAUGCUGAAAGUUAAAUUACUUUAUCCGGUCUCGCGACUUCAAAAUGCGGAAGAAGUGGAAGCCAGCAACAACGACGACCUGGGAAAAAUGAGAAAGGAAUUAGAAAGCGCUCAUCUUGAAUACUUAAAACGGUCUCGCCUGUACAAUCUGUAUCACGACGAUUAUUCCCGGUGUUUGCAGGAGAUUCAAUUCAGGAAACAGGCAUCGGAUGCCUUUGACGUCGCUGUUCUCAUGUUUGACGAACAGCUCCUCCUGCACGAUAAGUUUAAACGCGAGGCUCACCGUCACGAGAUUUACUGCCUAAAAGAAAAUCAUACAUUCCUCAAAUCCCAGACGAGCAAGCUGAAGCAGUCACGCCAAGAAUUGCAAGAGAAUCUACGUGUGCAGGUGGUUUUAAGCCGGAAUCUAGACCGUGAGAUAAAUGUCCUAAAACCGGAAUUGAUUCAGCUGUGUAAAACCAGAGAUUUCCUACAAACGAAAUUUCUAUCAACAGUCAUAGCUUACAUACAACAGAACCCAUCGAGUGUUCAUGCCGACAGUCAACAAUGGUUACUCCCUGACUGCUCGCGUUCGACUGCUGAGUCUCUCUUGGCUGGAAAAGCAGAUGGAACAUUUUUAAUCCGACGUAGUGCAGGCGCUCCAUUUGCUUUGACGAUUGCUUGCCGCGCUGUGGAAGAAGGUUUUGGUCACAUCUUGAUUUAUCGGUCCGAGAGAGGCUUCGGUUUCACAGAGCCGUACCUUUUCUUCCCAACGCUAAACGAUUUAGUUGUCUAUUAUGCCGGCCAUUCGCUCGAAGAACUCAAUCCUAAGAUGAACACCACUCUGGCCUAUCCGCUGCACGGACCCCAACCAACUGAAACCAAUCAGUCAUCUUCUCUCUGUCAAGGAAUCGCAGGCAACACUUUGGAUUAAUAUGUGUCGUACAAU